AUGAAUCACAAAAUUAUAAAGUUUAAUUCAAGUGUCUUUGAUUUAUCAUAUCGACCUUAUCAACCGUUUCCGUUUCCAACAUGGUCAACUUUUCUAACAUGGCCAACCUUUCCAGAAAUCCCAAAUUUUCAUCCUAUUCCGACUUAUCAAACUAUUCGUCCAUUUUCAUAUCCUUCUUUUAAGGAUCUAUUUGUGACAUCUCGACCACCACAGCCUCCAGAAGAACCGAUGAAAAUACCUUUAAUGAUUUUGUGUAUAGCUGUAAUGGUUGUCGUUUGGGGAAAUGUAUGUAAAAAGAACUGCAUAAAGCAUCAUUACGUUGACAUAGAAGCUGGAGUUAAUCAUCAUGAACAAAUCCAAACAAGAUCAAUGGUUGUUGCAUAUUUUAUAUCUGAAUCUUCAGGACAUGCCACAUCUAAUCUACCCGCAGCUUUCACUUCAUCAUCUCCACGCGAUGAACCUCGUCAUCCACAAAGUUUGCAACCUGAAAUAAUUCAAGAUGACACUCCAAAAUACGAGAAUCCAACAAACUAUGAUGAAGCUAUGAAAAUGAUUGAGGAACAGAUGCAAGAACUUGAAAGAUUGAAAAAUCCCGUCAAUGCAACAAGUUCUGAGCAGUCAUCAAACAAUAUAAAUCAAGCAUAA